GGCCGCGGGCCGGAGCGUACGUGUCUUGGGGGGUGCAGGAGGUGGCGGCGGUGGGGCCCGAGCGGAGCAGCCGUGGGGAGGGAUUGCCAGCUCCGGCGCGAAAGGGAAGGUUUUAAUCCGAUUCCGGCCGGCCCGGAUUUUAUUGGGAGUGGGUUUUAAAGCGCCUCUCGUCGCGGGCACCAUGUCCGAAGCGGAGCAGCAGUUGGCGCCGGCCCAGAACGGGCAUGAAGCGGCCGAGAGCGCCGGGGAGCAGCAGCAGCAGCAACAGCAGCCCGAGAGUGGCGGGGCUCCGGCGGCGGCGGCCGCGGCGGGCACGGCCGCGGCGGGGGGAGCCGGGCCGGCGGCGGCCACGGCGGGUACGGCCGCCAGCCAGAACGGAGCAGAAGGCGACCAGAUUAACGCCAGCAAGAACGAGGAGGACGCGGGGAAGAUGUUCGUUGGUGGCCUCAGUUGGGAUACAAGCAAAAAAGACUUGAAAGAUUACUUCACCAAAUUUGGUGAGGUAACCGACUGUACGAUAAAGAUGGAUCCUAACACAGGAAGAUCCAGAGGCUUUGGAUUCAUUCUCUUUAAAGAACCUGGGAGUGUUGAAAAGGUUCUGGAACAGAAAGAACACAGGCUAGAUGGACGACUAAUUGACCCCAAGAAGGCCAUGGCAAUGAAAAAGGACCCAGUGAAGAAAAUAUUUGUUGGUGGACUAAACCCAGAAGCCACAGAAGAGAAAAUCAGGGAAUACUUCGGAGAGUUUGGAGAGAUUGAAGCAAUUGAACUUCCAAUGGAUCCAAAGACCAACAAAAGGAGGGGGUUUGUGUUCAUCACUUUCAAGGAAGAAGAUCCAGUGAAGAAGGUUUUGGAGAAGAAAUUCCAUAACGUCAGUGGAAGCAAGUGCGAGAUUAAGGUAGCACAGCCAAAAGAAGUAUACCAGCAGCAACAGUUCAGUAGUGGCGGAGGAAGAGGUAGCUAUGGAGGAAGAGGCAGAGGUGGAAGAGGCGGCGCUCAAAGUCAAAAUUGGAAUCAAGGUUAUGGCAAUUACUGGAACCAGGGUUAUGGGAAUCAAGGAUACGGCUAUCAGCAAGGUUAUGGUGGCUAUGGAGGCUAUGAUUAUUCAGGAUAUGGGUAUUAUGGAUAUGGACCAGGCUAUGAUUACAGUCAAGGCAGUGCAAAUUAUGGGAAGACACCAAGACGUGGUGGUCAUCAGAAUAACUACAAGCCAUAUUGAUCAAACUUAUUCAGGCCUGGCAGUGGUCACAGUUGAUGCCUACAAGCACUGGAUAUUCCACAAGUUGAAGACGGAAUACUGACUUGUUUACCUGAAGAUAAUAAGACUUCGGGGUAUUUCCUCAGAGAAAAUAUAAAUUUUAAUAUAAUUUCAUAAGCUUUGGAGGUUAGCUUGUCUUGUAGCUUCAGUGAUAUCAAACUUCUUCAAGUAGGAGCUAGAUAGAAAGCUGUUUAGUUUUUGCCAGCGUAUGUAAAACAAGACUUUUCUAUCUGCAUUGUAGAUUGUUUGUGGACACUUCGAGAUUCUUGUGCUUUCUGCAGUCAUUCUGGGGACUGAACUCUCAUUGAUACCGAUAGAAGUUCCAUGAACAGGACUCGUGCAGGAAUUUGAGCGUAGAAGCCCACAGUGUGGUUUGGAGUAGAGAAUUGCUUUUAGUUUGGAGAUGACUGGGGGAGAUGGGAAGAGCAACUGUACAUUAAGGGAACAAUUACAGAUCUUCUUCCCAGUUACAUCAAUGAGAGAUUUGCCUUCAACCUUCCACAGAAGAAGAUUUUUAGCUUUAAUUUGGGACAGCAGAGGGUUUUUUUCAAAAGCACUAAAAACCAGAGGGAGCUUGUUCAACUGCUCCUUAUGCCUUUAAAAAACCCUACACCAAAAGUGAUAGCUAACAACCUGAAAUGGAAGUAAAUAAAAUGCAUUUUCAUUGCUGUUUUGAGUUACAUAAUUCUUGUUUCUUGAUUUGUUAGUUGAUCUGAAUUUAUAUGGAUUUAAUCUGUAUGGUGACCAAGAAAAUGGUCAGUAACUGGUGAAGAUACAAAUUAUAGCCACAGAGCAAGCAACGUGAAGGUGUAGACCCUAAGCAGCUAACAAAGACAGGUAACAAAAGUUUACUGCCUACAGCCGUAAGUCUUUUGUGUCCACAUCUACCAAGCUAGAUGGCUAUUUCAGCGUUUACCAGCAGUUAACAAAUACUCCCAGCUGACAAAAGGAUAAGCUCAAGGAAAACUAAGACCCAAGUCACAGAACUCACAGGCAUCAAUCAAAUGUCACUCUACUUGCGUGGAGCACUGAGCAUGUUCCUACUGUUCUGCAGAAUACUGGAGCAAGAUUUACCUUAGCGCUAAGUCAGCUUGUACAGGGCAGUUGGCCCCCUUCAAGUCCUCUCUGGGAGCAGCUGCUGUCAGAAGUGCGGUGGAACAAGGAUCUAACAAAGAGUUCAGAUCUACUCAAUGCACCAAAAAUGACUCCUUUCUGUAUUCUCUAGGAUCAAGGCCACAAGGAGCCCUUAUGUCAUCCGGUUUGAUAUCGUGGUCAGGCUCCUAAUUUCACCCAAGACUCCUACACAGAGCAACUUGUUAUGAGUUAAAAUAUUUCCUCCAGAAAUUAUCUGUUAAAUCAAAAAGGCAUUAAAGUGAUGGGGCUUACAUCACUGGUCUGGUUAGGAUUAACCAGUCUCACAGUUUUAAAAUCCAUGGUUUACUUUAUUUGAUUUUGUGUAGUUUCAGUUCCACACAUUGGAUGGAUAUUUGUACAUCUUUCUCUGUUCAAUUUAAAAACUUGUUAAUAUAAACUUCUCCUCCCUGUAAAGGAAUCUGAUUGCCUCUUGAUUUUCAUUGUAAGCUGAACAGACUCAUCUGUAAACCAUUUUCUUCCUCCCUGAAGUAAUUUUUUUAUGUCUUUUUACUGCACAAUCUCUAUUUUUUCAACAUCUUUGAAAAUAUGAACAGUGGAAUAGUUAGCAAAUUUUUAAUUGAUCUCUCUUAAUGCCAUAUGCAGAUACCAAAAUCACAAUCCUCCCUUUAUUCAUUAUCCUGCUCUGCAUGGGAUGUGCCCUAGACAAGAGAAUUUAGAGAGAGAAUGAAAAAGGGGGAGACAGUGGAGAGGAGUGUGCAGAGUUAGAGUUUACAAAUAAAACCACAUAAACCAAGAAAAAUCAAACACAAGUGAGCCCUACAAACCAAGACAAUUAAAUACUCCAAACUCCCAAGUUUUGGGAACCCCAACAACAACAUUCUUUGCUUAGUUGUUCAAGAAAAGACUUCAGCUGAGCCCUCCCUGUCCUACAGCUCUGCACUCAAAGUGUUACUGGGUUUUGUGUUUUGAAAUCUUGCAGUGGAGGUUUGUUGGGGGAUUUGGGUUCCACAGUAACAAAACGCACAUCUUCAGCCGCAGACGCAGAGGUGCUCCCUCUAGAGAAAAAAAGCUUUUCUUGAUAGCAGUGGAACUAUCCACAGGUAGCCAAGGUUGUUCUCUUUAGCCAAAAACCUGCCAUUUCCAUCAUAUCAACAGCAGGUAGCAGUGGAUGGAGCUUGGCUUUGUUUCCUCUGCAAGUUGCAAAUCCCCUUGUUUGACCCGAUGGUAAAACAGCAGCUUCUUCCAUUUCAGGGCUGCAUCCUUUUUUUAUUCUUUGUUUUCAGCCAGUUUUUUUCACCCUUUUAACGUGUAUGUGCAAUGCAAACACAGAGUUGAGAGCCAAAUUAGGAUAGGGAUUUCUCCCUCCUUCAUGCGAUAAGGCACACAGGCAACACGCUGUCUCAGUACCAUUAGUUCACACAGCAACAUUAGCAGUGAAUACUGUUCAUUCCCAGCCUCGGUCUUUGA